UUGGGUGUUAGCAGUGGGAUUUCGGGCAGGUUGAGUUUUUUAGCAGUGCUUUAACAGGUUUCUUGUAGGUUAAGGGGGCUUAGUGAUGGUAGUAUGGGUUGGGGUGUGCAUUAGAGGCGCUGGGUAACUCGGGUGGUUGUGCGCACUGUCCCCCGCUUGACAGAGUUCCCUUGUGUUCAUCUCUUUCUUUUGUCAAUCCGUGUUCAUUACCACUACAGAUUCCAAGCGAAGUGGAUUCCAUUUUUUUUCGUAUUCCAGGUCUCUCCGCCUCCCUCAUUUCUUUCUCUCUCUCUCUCUCUCUCUCUCUCUCUCUCUCUCUCGCUCUCUUUGCUCUCCACCGAUCUUUCCCUCUCUCUCUUUUCGCUCUUUGCUUGUAUUAGCUCCGAGGGUGCAGCGUGCGGUAUCGGGCCGUUAUCCGGGGGGGAGAUUCGCCAGCGUGUUCGUAAAGUUAGCCCGAACGAACAUCUACAGCCCGAGAGCGGAGGAACGGCCAAUGCUGGGGCAUCGAGGAAUGAAGUGGAACUUUUCUGGCGGUCCGUGAUUGCGCGUGGUGGCGAUUCGAGGCAAAUCAUCUCCCUUGAACCUUUGCGAACGAGGGCGGAGAGGGGGGUCGGAGUGAGUGGACCCCUCAAUCAGGACAAUGUGUAUUUCCCAAACAGUUUAGAGUAUUCAUGAGGUUACGCAAAUGUGGAGGCAGCAAAAUUACCGUAAUCAAUUGAAGCGGCGAGCAUGCGUCCGUCCACAGCUCUGAUUACCCGGAGAUCAGCCUGAUGUGAAUGUUACAAGGAGAGGAGCUGUUAAAUUGCUGUUGAAUUUGGGUGAGAAGUCUAUGAUCAUUGGGCAAGUGAGUCUGCACAGAGAUAAUAGGGCAGAUCAGUGGACCGGGCAAGUGCUGGUGGCACAUUAGCUAUCUGACUUCGACUCCAAGCUGCUGUUUUACAGAAAGACCAAACCUAUAUUACCCAGAAUAAGCAGUGUGUGUCUAUACCCCGAAUAGUUAUUUCUUCCCAACAAGGAGAAAAAGAAGGCGAAAUCUUCAUAGAGGAUAAGAGACUAUGGAAGUCCGCUACAGCCAAGACUCUGAGUCCGGAAUGUUGCUGAAGAAUGGACUAAAAGAGGGGAAAGAGGGAAAGGAUUCCCAGGGGAACAUUUCAAAAACGUUCCUGAAGGACCAGCAGGAGUCCUUCUCUCCAUCCGGAGCGGUGGAAAACUGCGAAAAGAGCCGGACGAGCUCAGGAGAUCCUGAUUACUGCCGGAGGAUUCUAGUUCGGGAUGCCAAAGGUUCGAUUCGAGAGAUUAUUCUGCCCAAGGGUUUGGAUCUAGACCGACCAAAGCGUACAAGGACCUCGUUCACAGCAGAACAGCUGUACAGACUGGAGAUGGAGUUUCAGCGGUGCCAGUAUGUUGUGGGACGAGAACGAACCGAACUUGCCCGACAACUUAACCUGUCUGAAACUCAGGUAAAAGUGUGGUUCCAGAAUCGUCGCACUAAGCAGAAGAAGGAUCAGGGGAAGGAUUCCGAGCUGCGCUCCGUGGUUUCUGAAACAGCCGCCACCUGCAGCGUCCUGCGUCUCCUGGAGCAGGGCCGGCUCCUCACUCCCCCAGGCCUGCCAGGGCUGCUGCCACACUGCGGGAGCUCGUCGCUAGGCUCAGCCCUGCGUGGGCCAUCCCUGGGCAUCACGGCCAAUGGAGGCUCCUCCAGCAGCAGUAGCAGCAGCGCGGCCAGCUCAGGCACAGCCGGGGGCAGCCCCCCGCUGCCGACGGUAACCAGUUCAGGGACAGUCACGGGGCUGCAGGGAUCUCAGCCUGCCCACGGGCUGUUUAGCUUCCCUAUGCCCUCUCUGCUCGGCUCGGUCGCCUCACGCAUCUCCUCCACCCCGCUCGGCAUGGCCGGGUCCCUCGCAGGGAAUUUGCAGGAACUUUCGGCCCGCUACCUGAGCUCGUCCGCCUUUGAGCCCUACUCACGGACCAAUGGCAAAGAAGCGUUAGACAAGAAAGUUUUGGAAUGAUCGCUAGGGGUUUCCUUUUGUCGGUUUAUUGUUGUUGUUGUUGUUGUUGUUGUUGUUUUGGAAUUAGUUUAAACUCUGGUUAUCUCUCUUUUUUGAAUCGCUUUCGCCCCUUUUGUCUCAUCAGUGAUGUUGUGUUUCCAAUCCUGCGUUUUUUCAUGUCGUCAACCUGCACACUUGAUGCCUCUCAGAAUUGUAAAAAGGUGGCACUCAUACUU